UAGUAUUUGUUAAAAAGCAUAGCUUUCUUUCUCUUUUUGAUGAGAGUUUUAAGACGACUUGUCUUCUUAAACAUUCAACAAUGGCCGCUUGUCAUGUUGUCUUCUUCCCUUUCACGGCUUACGGCCACCUGAUUCCUAUGGCGGACAUGGCGGUGCUCUUCGCCUCCCGUGGCCUGCAAACCACCAUCAUCACCACCCCUUUCAACGUUCAUCGCUUCUCCAAAUCAAUCCAAAAAACCACCACUUUCCCACACCAAAUUGCCCUCCAUAUCAUCGAAGGAUACGAGAACUCCGAUCAAAUCCGUUCUGAUGAAUCCAUAUCCAAUGAAUCCAUAUCCAAUUUUCGUGAAUCCAUUUCAAUGCUUCAAGAACCUGUCGAGCAAUUCAUUCAAGAAUAUCGCCCGAAUUGUCUUAUUGCGGACAUGUUCUAUCCGUGGACUACUAAAAUGGCAGCCAAAUUCGAUGUCCCCAGAAUCGUUUUCCAUGGAAGUGGCUUCUUUCCGCUCUGUGCUUCUGAAUCAAUAAGACUCUACGAGCCUCAUAAAAGAGUUUCAUCUGAUUCAGAACCGUUUAUCAUACCUCAUCUUCCCCAUGAGAUCAAGCUAACCAGAAAGCAACUACCUGAUUUGGAGGCAGAAAUCUUCAAAGGUUUUGUGGAGGUGAUUAUUGAAUCCAUGAAAGCAGAUGAAACGAGUUAUGGAGUUAUCUUUAACAGCUUCAAUGAGCUCGAGCCAGAGUACGUUCGCCAUUAUCGGGAAGUUAUGAAGCGAAAAGCAUGGCAUAUCGGACCAGUUUCGUUAUGUAACAAGAACACGGAUGAUAAAUUGGAAAGAGGGAAGAAAGCAGCGAUCAAGGAAGACGAAUGUUUAAGAUGGUUGGAUUUGAAGCCACCAAAUUCGGUUGUUUACUUAAGCUUUGGAACGCUUGCAGAAGCCACGACCUCUCAACUUCACGAGAUCGCGAUGGGGCUCGAAGCAUGCAAUGAAAACUUCAUUUGGGUUAUCAAGAACGAGCGAGAAGGAUGGAUGCCGGAGGGGUUCGAGGCGAGGAUGAAGGUGAACGGCAAAGGGUUGAUAAUAACGGGAUGGGCGCCACAAACGUUGAUUCUUGAUCAUGAAUCGGUUGGCGUGUUCGUGACUCACUGUGGGUGGAACUCGGUGUUGGAAGGUAUCUCCAGUGGGGUGGCGAUGGUGACCUGGCCAGUCAUGGCGGAGCAGUUCUAUAACGCGAAACUGGUGACUGAUAUUCUACAAAUUGGGGUUUCGAUUGGUGAUACAGAGUGGAGUGCGACUGCAAGCUGCGAUGGCGUAAAGAGGGAGGCGGUCGAGAAAGUGGUGGCGAAGGUAAUGAGUGCGGAGGAAGGUGAAGAAAUGAGAAAGCGAGCUCGAGUGCUGAAGGAGAAGGCGAAGAUGGCGGUAGAAGAUGGUGGAUCAUCGUACUUGGAUCUGAAUGAUUUUAUAGAAGAUAUAAAAGCAUUUAAAUCCAAGUAAUUAAAAGAGCACGAAGCUAUUUUAUGUUUCAAUCUAUCAUCUGAUUUUCUAGUAUUAGGAGCCUUUACCUAAAAACUUACCCGG